AUGAAUUCCUCAUCUUUUUUUUCGGAACCAAGUGCAUUUAUAGCUGUAUAUGGUAUCGGCUGUUUUGUUUUCAUAAUAUACCUAACUAGUAUUUUUAUCACAUUUCCUCUCUAUGUUUAUGUACAUAGAUUGAAUCGGAAAAGUGAGAAAUCGAAUUACUUCUAUCCAAUCACAAAGCACUUUUAUUCUGUAAUGUGUUCCAUGCAAUUCUAUUCUUACGUCACGAUUUCUAUUGCUCUUAUAGCCUGGCUUUUCUUUGAAUUAACUGCUGCUGGAAGUGUUUUAAUUGUUUCCUUAUUCUUCGCCUAUUCCGUAGCAGUUAUCGUAACCAGCGUUCAAAAUGUACUUUUAUUUGUACUAGCUCUCCGAAGAUUCAUGAUUUUAUUUCUUCCAAACUUCAAAAAAGUCAUCUCAAUAGAUGCGAAAUCUUUUAAAAUAUGGUUGAGAGUAAUGUAUGUCGGCUAUACACUUGUUCAAGUUUCUUCGAAAGUUGUCAAAGUAUUUUGUGGAACUGAUUCGAUAGCUCAGAAUGCAUUAUUAAAACGGAAAAAUCAUUCGAAAAAUGAAGAGAACUUGCAUGAAGCGUAUGAAGAUUGCUCAGCAACGACUGAUAUGAUUUAUGUGAGGAUCUAUAUUGCUGGAGAUGUUCUUGUAAUGCUUGCAGCUGUUUUGUAUGUCAUCAUGUUUAUAAAAAUUCGAAAAUGGAGUAAAAUGACAUCAGAUUCGUUGAACAAUCCCGAAAAAUACCUAUUCUAUCAAACUCUUCUGAUUGUAAUUGCAAAGCUAUUGGCCAUGACGAUUAUCCUUAUUCUCUUCUACGAGGGAAGAGACAGUUCAGAUGCUGUGUUUGCUACUUUUGUUUUUUCUGAUAUCGCAACAACUCCUUUCGUUAUCCAAGGAUCGUAUUUGUUGUGCAAUCGCUCAAACGUCGACACAAUUUUAUCGAUUCAAUUCAAGAAAAUGAAGACGUGGAACAUGAUUAUUUGUGGUAGUGGAUCUGUGUCAGAAGGAAGACAACGAAGAAGAGAAUUCAAAAGGAAAAUAAUUGAAGCGAAAAGAAAAGCAGAAGAUUUGUUGAGAGGAGAUAAAACUAUAUCGAAAUUGGCGGUGAAUGUAAUACCGAUCCACUUCAUCCAAAGAAGAGUUGAAAAUAUCAAUUGA